CGGCACCACCACGGCCACCGCCACCAGCACCACUGGUACCAGUACGGCCACCAGUACCACCAGUACCACUGGUACCAGCACGGCCACCAGUACCACCAGUACCACUGGUACCAGUACGGCCACCAGUACCACCAGCACCACUGGUACCAGCACGGCCACCAGUACCACUGGUACCAGUAUGGCCACCAGUACCACCAGCACCACUGGUACCAGUACAGCCACCAGUACCACCAGCACCACUGGUACCAGUAUGGCCACCAGUACGGCCACCAGUACCACUGGUACCAGUACGGCCACCAGCACCACUGGUACCAGCACGGCCACCAGUACCACCAGUACCACUGGUACCAGUAUGGCCACCAGUAUGGCCACCAGUACCACCAGUACCACUGGUACCAGUAUGGCCACCAGUAUGGCCACCAGCACCACCAGCACCACUGGUACCAGUACGGCCACCAGUACCACCAGCACCACUGGUACCUGUACGGCCACCAGUACCACCAGCACCACUGGUACCAGUAUGGCCACCAGCACCACCAGCACCACUGGUACCAGUACGGCCACCAGUACCACCAGCACGGCCACCAGCACCACCCCCACCACCCCCAACCCCCCCCCCCCCCCCCCCCCCCAUAGCACGGCCCCCUCCCGCUCCGCACCCCCCGUCCCCCCCCCGGUGCCAGCACGCAGGAGCAGCGGGGGUCACAGCGCCAAUCCGACAUUGUUACGUACUUACAGUUACAACCCGAGAGAGGAAACGCUGUACAUACAAGGCCCGGACCGCCCCCCCCCCGCACCCCCCGGACCCCCCCCCCCCCCCCCCCGCCCCCCCGGGGGGGGGGGGGGGCGGUGGCUCAGCCCCACCGGCGCUGCCGGGGCACGGGGGCGUCACGGCAGUGGGCGCCCAUACAUUCACGGGGGUCCCGGGGCAGGGGACGGGGCGGGCACCGUGCUCCCCUCCCGGCCCCCCCCAAGGCCCAUGGCCAGCAGGAGAG